UCUAAAUCGCGUCAACUCUCCGACACAACACCGUUCUCCACAAAUGGCGCCAGUUGAUAUUCUUUCUGAAAAAGGAGAAUACCUAAUGAAAAUCUCCAUUGGUACGCCGCCGGUCGAAACUCUAGUCGUUGCUGACACCGGCAGCGACCUCACUUGGAUUCAAUGCAAGCCUUGUACACAUUGCUUUCGUCAGAAUGCGCCACUUUUUCAACCUAAGCUUUCUUCAACGUACAAACCAAUAGGUUGUACUUCUAGUCCGUGCAACGCUCUUCGUGGGAGGACUUCUUGCGACAGUUUUGAGGGCACUUGUCGCUAUACCAUUGGAUAUGGCGACACAUCAUUUAGCAACGGUUAUCUUGCGACGGAAACUAUCAGAUUAGGUUCCGUCGCAAUUCCCAAUGUUGUUAUUGGAUGCGGACAUUACAACCGUGGCACGUUUGAUGCUCACGUGGCAGGGAUCAUUGGCCUAGGUGGAGGCGAAUUGUCCCUAAUCACCCAAAUGAGAUCUUUGACUCUAGGCAAGUUCUCAUACUGCCUCGGGUCGUACAUAGGCGGGACCUCGUAUUCGAGUAAAAUGAGCUUUGGCGAUGACGUUGGUGUGGUAGGUGAUGAUGUGGCAACAACACCCUUAGUGGCCAAAUCCCCUAAGACUUUCUACUUCUUGACAUUAGAAGGGAUUAGUGUUGGGAGUGAGAGAAUUGACUUUGAUAGCCCUUCAACUUCUUCAUCAUCAAAUGGUUCCAAGGGAAUUGAAGAGGGAAAUAUUAUCAUAGACUCAGGGACAACACUGACUUUUCUUCCAAAGGAAUUGUACAAUCAAGUUACAGCACAAAUGAAAAGGCAAAUGAAGAUGAAAGAAAUGGAAGAUCCAAAAGGCCUGUUGAAUUUAUGCUAUUAUUCAACAAGUGUAACACAAGUUCCACAAGUCAUAUUUCAUUUCAAAGGGGCGAAUGUCAAAUUGAAACCUCAAAACACUUUCGUGAAGACUAGGAAUGAUUGUAUGUGCCUAGGUUUUGCACCAACAAAUCGUGAGGCAAUAUUUGGUAAUUUGGCACAAAUGGAUUUCUUGAUAGGAUAUGACUUAGGAAACAAGAGCGUCUCCUUUAAACCUGCAGAUUGCAGCAGAGUCUAG